AUGGCGGGGCAGCAGGUGAGCAAGCUGACUGCAACCGCAUCUCCUGCUCCUGCUGGUGCUCCAGUGAAAUUCCAGGUGCUCUUGCCAUGGCCUGGCUCAUCUCUCAGGGAGCGAACAUCAGCCUUCAGAGAACCUGUCCUACUGGCAUCCUGUUCAGGCACCUUGAAAUCUCUUAAAAGACCCACACCCAGAGGGGUCUGGUUCAAGGCCUGGACUUUCCUCUCUGAAGCUCUGGAUGACCUGGGGCCCAAGGCGGUUUGUAUAUCCCACAAACAUGUGUUCUGGCUCUGGGCAGGGCCAAGCAUCUCAACCUCGCAGCCUCGCGGAUCAGCUCGAGCCCUACCAACCAAACCUCCCGUCGGCUCGCGAAAGCCACACGUGUGCGGUGCUGGCCCCGGCCAGCUUCACCCCGGGAGCCUCCGGAUGCUCCUCUUUGAAGCUCCAGAUGCUCCUCCACAGCUCCAGAUCCUCCUCUGGCGAGGGGACCAGCGGCCAAUGUCCCCAGCACCCUUGGCCACCAGCAGCGGGGAGCGACUGGGCUCUGUGAGCAGGCACCGCGGGGGCACGGGUGGGCGUUUGGUGCCAUGCGUGUUGCUGGCCCCUCUGCCAAGAACUUGGUUUUAUUCUUCUUUGGUUAAUUUUGGGCUUUUGUCUUAGAGCCACUGGUUUGGCUAACGUGGCCUUGGGAAGCAGCGAGGGCACUCUGGAUGAUGCUGAGCUGGGAUGUUCCUUCGGGCUGGUGACCUCGAAAGCCGCCCAUCGGUCUGGGUUGGAUGCAUGCACUUUGCUGGGAUUUCAUCCUUAUUAUCUGUGUUGUUAGGAGCACUACUCUUACUUCUGUUGGACAAAAGCUCAGGUGCUUUUUGUCCUACCAGGCAGGGCCUGGGCACACAGUGAGAUGACAUCUCCCAUGGGUGCUUGUGUGGGAUGCAGGGUGCAGAGCCUGGUUCAGGGAGAGCUUUGGCGCAGCUUCAGUGCGAGGCUAAAGCAGGCAUGGCUGCAGGGGCUUGUGCUGCUCUGAGCUGGUUGAGUUGUUAAAAAAUAAAUAAAAGUCAUGAAAUGUU